GACGGCGAUGAGCCAGCGCUGCAGGAGGGCCCGAUCGCGGAGGAGCUGUUCCGGGUGCAGCGGGAGCUCGUGGAGCGCGCCGGCCUCCCGCUGGACCUGCUCCAGUCGUGGAACCUGAACCCGCUGGAGCUCGACCAGGCCCGCAACAAAGCGGCCGUCACCUUCUUCCUGGGCCUCCACGUCCACGGG